UACAAAAUUUUGGUCCGAUAUUACUUAUGAUCUCUUCCAAAUCUUGAGCUUACUCAUAACUCGGAAUAUUGAUAAUUAAUACCUUAACGUACAAGAGCAGGACAGUAAGACUUCUUUAAUCGUCUAGACAAUAUAAUUAAGUAUAGAAGUCUAUAGAUUUUCCAGUUUAAAUAAAGAAAGAUCAUUUAAUUCACCUUAAUGACUCUCCUUAUUAAAGAAACUCUUAUUUAAUUUCUUCCAUUUCUCCUCUUCUUCUUCUUCAUUUCUUCUUCUCCUCCUCCUCCUCCAUUGAUACUCUCAAAAACAAACUUAUAAAUAGCAUGCGUGAAUGUCCCGAGAAAGGGAAGGAUUUGGAGAGUACUACGAGAUCGUUAAGAAGAUAAAGAAAGAUCCAACCUUCGAAUCGACGACGGAUCAUGCCGUGAUGGGUAUCAGGAGACAUGUGGCGGUGCCUCCGGGGACAACGUUGAACACCGUGACUCCAUGCGCCGCUUGUAAGCUCCUCCGCCGUCGUUGUGCGGAGGAGUGUCCUUUCUCGCCUUACUUCUCGCCGCACGAACCUCACAAGUUCGCCGCCGUUCAUAAAGUCUUCGGUGCAAGUAACGUCUCCAAGAUGCUUCUGGAAGUGGGAGAGAGCCAAAGAGGAGACGCAGCAAACAGUUUAGUAUACGAAGCAAACCUCAGACUUAGAGAUCCAAUCUACGGUUGCAUGGGAGCAAUCUCAGCUCUUCAACACCACAUUCAGUCUCUCCAAUCCGAACUCACCGCCGUCCGUACAGAUAUCCUCCGCCACAAAUACCGAGAAGCCACCACCAUCACUUCUCUCCAAAACAACAACAACUUCCACAACACUACAACAACUUCAUCAGUGAGUUGUGAUCAUCAUGAUCUCGGGGCAGCGAUUCUUCUCCCACCACCACCGCCACCGCCUCCUCCUCCACGACCACCGAGGUUGUUGUCCUCUCAGCCAGCUCCACCGCCUACGCCACCAGCUUCUUUGCCGUCUCCGUCCAUGGUUGUGUCGUCCUCUUCGUCUUCUAAUUCAUCAGCUACCAAUUCUAUGUAUAAUCCUCCUCCGUCUUCGGCUGCUGGAUACAGUAAUUCUCUGUCCAGUGAUAAUAAUGUUCAUUACUUUGAUUAAAUCAGAAUUAUGUGUUUCUUAAUUUUUUUAAAAAUGCUAUUAUAGCCCUUAUCAUAAGCUACGAGAUUGAAUGGUGAUCCAUGUUAAGGAUAGGGUUUUGAUUAAUUUGAUUUAUAUCUAUUUUUCAUU